GUGCAGAAGGUAGGUUUGUGCGAGACUUUUGAGAGAGAGUGUAAAAUCCUAGUAUCCAGAAAGAAAGAAGAGGAAGAGAGAGAUGGGAAGCGAUAGCGAAGUAGAGAAGACGGCGCAAAAGGAGAGGGAGAGGAAGAAGAUGCAGGCUCUUGCUCCCAUAGCCAAACCCCUUGCCGGCAAGAAGCUCUGCAAGCGAACCCUCAAGCUUGUCCGCAGAGCUGCUGAGAACAAAUGCUUGAAGAGAGGAGUGAAGGAGGUAGUCAAAAGCAUAAGGCGAGGCCAAAAGGGGUUAUGUGUUAUUGCUGGGAACAUUUCUCCUAUUGAUGUGAUCACUCAUGUUCCAAUCUUGUGUGAAGAGGCUGAAAUUCCAUAUCUUUAUGUGCCCUCAAAAGAAGAUCUUGCAAAUGCAGGGGCCACCAAGAGGCCAACUUGCUGUCUUCUGGUGAUGACCAAGCCUUCCAAGGGGGAAUUAGGCCAAGAGGAACAAGAUAAACUAAAGGCAGAUUAUGACCAGGUUGUAGGAGAUGUUUCUGAACUUCAAUCCUCCCUUUUCUGAAGGCUGGAAACAUUUUACUUGCCUUUGUCCUGAUUAUCUUAUUUGAGGUUAUUUUCCUUUUUUUAAUCCCUCUGACUGAUGGGCCUUGUACUUUGUUUUAGAAAAAAUUAAAAUGUGCUUGUUAGUGUAACUAUUGAAGUGUAUGGCUUGGAUGAAUUAACUCAAUUUAGACCA